AUGUAUAGGUCCUUGCUAUCCAAACACAAACGCAAACGAGUUGGCUCCCAAGUCAUACUGAGUGGAUCCGAGAGAGCAGACUCACCUGUCUUCCGAAACCCAUCAACAACUCUUCUCUCCUCCGGCUCCUGCUCCUCUUCCGACCCGUCUUCUUCCCGAACCUUCGCUCUAUCCCGACUUGCUGCCUCUCGCCCUCGUGGCCCCCCCGCCCUUGCCCUCUUCCUCCUCCGAUUGCUUCAAGCUAAGGAAAACGAAUCAUCAUAUGACCGGCUGGACAAACUGCCACCACUCAACGAACAAUACGCGAUCGAUGAUCUCCUCACCAAACACUUCGGAUUCGCACCCAAGGUAUUCACUGGUCAUAUCUUUAACAUCAUCAACGAGGCGAUCUACGAUACGGUAUUAGAAGUAGAAAAGGCGGUGAUUGAAUCAUACUUCCCCGGUUCGGCCGAGAACGGAACCAAAGGCCUCCCAUCCUCAACACGCACUGGAUACCCAAGCAAGGACGACAUCGCCAAAUCACUGAACCAACUCAAAACAUUGCUCUGUUCGUCGAUCGACAAUCAGUUCGACUUGCUCGAGAUCUGGCUCCAUCGAAAGAAUGUACUUGAUAGGAAGCUUGCCGGUCUGAAAGCAGUAUUGUGCCAACUGACCCAAAUCAGUUCAGAAGCGCGGACGAUAUACGAUCCGGAGACGAACAAGCCGGUCGACCUGAUCGGGCAAUCGACGAUGAUAUUAGGGGACUACGAGCGUCUGAUGAAGCUGGACAAAGUCCGAGAGACGCGAGAACGGGCGACAAACUUCGCGAAAUCAGCACCCCAGCACGCCACCCAACCGAUGACGGCCGACGAGAUGAUCGAAGACGAACAGGACCCCUGCUGCCGCUCCGCAUCAGCCAACCCAUUCCAAACACACGUCCGGGCUAUCAACUUGCUCUCCAAAGCUAAGGUCGACGAUUUCUUGGCCAAGUUGGCCGACAAAGGCGCCCUCAAUGUCAACAGGGAUGAAGGCCUCGUCAAAGUCCAUAAUCAGCUCCUAGGCAAAGGAAAAACUCCCGCUGCUAAUACUAUGAUUGGUCCAACAUUCCGAAGUGCCUGGGCAAGUCGAAGGCUACCAACCGCCUCGGGAGGACAUCAAUUUGAUGGCCUUGAUGACUUAUCCAGAUUCGGCAAAUCGGUGAUCAAGUUCCAUGUCGAAGCUGAGAAGGAAGAGCAACGAAGGAUCGAACGAUUGAGUAAGGAGAGAUUGAAAGCCCUCAAGGCUGAUGAUGAAGAGGCCUACCUGAAACUGAUCGAUACCGCCAAGGAUACUCGAAUCACGCAUCUGCUCAGACAGACCGAUCAAUACCUCGAAAAUCUGAGUCAUGCAGUCCUCCAACAACAGAACGACGCCGUCCACAGGGAUGGUCAGAUUCAUGUUGAACAAGAUCAAACUGGUGCGACAAUUGAUGAGAGUGCAUUUGGGGCUGCACCCGUCUUCGAUGACGAUAGAGCAGCUGCAAACCAGGCCGCAACGGCUGAAGGUGGCAAGGCCGACUUUUACAACGUCGCUCAUCGGAUCAAGGAGGAGGUCACCAAACAGAGCUCCCUGCUCACCGGCGGUCAAUUGAAGGAGUAUCAGAUCAAGGGUCUUCAAUGGAUGGUCUCGCUUUAUAAAAAUAGACUCAACGGAAUUCUUGCAGAUGAAAUGGGUCUUGGAAAGACGAUCCAAACAAUUUCCCUCAUCACCUGGCUGAUGGAAAACAAGAAACAACCUGGCCCCUACCUGGUCAUCGUCCCACUAUCGACCCUACCCAACUGGACUCUAGAAUUCGAGAAGUGGGCCCCAACCGUCAAAGUGGUCGUCUACAAGGGCUCACCCAACGUUCGAAAAUGUCAGCCCACAUAUGAAUAUAUCAUCAAAGAUUGUCCAAUGUUAUGUAAGAUCAAAUGGGUGCAUAUGAUCAUCGACGAGGGACAUCGAAUGAAAAACUCACAAUCAAAGCUCUCACUGACUCUGACGACGCACUACCAAUCGCGUUAUCGCUUGAUUCUCACUGGUACACCGCUCCAGAACAAUCUGCCUGAUUGA